CGAUUCAGUUCAGUUUUCAGCAGUUUUCACUUUUCAUACCCUUCAACAUUCCAAUUUUUAUUAAACCAAUCUCAAGAUACGAGAUUGUUAGAACAUCAAUCUUUCAUUGGCUUUCCUAUUUUGCGAUUGAUGGAUUCAAAGCCAUUUAUAAUCGAUAUAAGUUCGGACGAUGAUAAUGAUUGCAGAGAUAUGAGAGGAGAAGAAAUGGAUGAUGAUUGUGUGAUUUUAGAUGGAGAUCCAGAUAAGCCAGUUUUUGUUGAUAACCAUUCAUCUAUUCUUGAUUCAGAUGAUUUGCUUCUUCUUGGAGUAAAGGGUCAGAUUGCUUGCAGAGAUUUUCCUCAUCCUCGCCACCUCUGUGCCAACUAUAAUUUUGCCAGCACUCCACAUUCUAAACAUUGUAGCCAGUGUUACUGUUAUGUUUGUGAUGCAACUGCACCAUGUCUCCAUUGGGGAAAUGGCAACAACUUGGUUGAUGACCAUUGUAAUGCCACUGAUGAGCCUUAUUGGAGGUUUCAAAGAGACAAGCAGCGAGUUAAAGCUUCACAUCAAGAUCCUAAAAUAAUAAACUUCUUUUCCAAGCUGGAGACAAGCAAAGCCUGACCCCCCUUUACUUUGAAAGAUGUACCAUUUUGUGCUUCUAAUAGGAUAUUUAAUAACAAUCAAACCAACUAAUCAGUGAUGCAUUUAUUUGGUUGUAUUUGUUAUUAUUAUAACAUGAGUUUGACUUGGAUGUGGAUGUCUCCAUAGUACUUUGAUGUAUAACAAUGA